UGCAACUGUAAAAGUACUAAAAGCAGAAAAGUCGUUAGAAGUGUGGUGUGACAGUUGCGAGAAGAGAACAGAAUAACUGUUGAGUGGAAUGAUAAAUGGUGAUUUCAUUUUUCAUAAUCUUUAUAUAUUAGUUAGCUGCUUCUGUAAAAAUAUGCUAUAUCUGUUAUUUGUUGUUAAUAUUUUUCUUCUUCUUUGGCUCAUCGUCUUCCUAUUGGAGAUGGAUAACCAAGAUCAGGGACGAACUCGCACACGCACUCCAGGUCUCAAGGGUGAUGAUGAUCAUGGAGUUCAUGCAUGGCACAGCGGCAGCUCUGGAGCCGUUGAAGAUUCCAACCCUUCAGAUAAGGAACACCUUUCUGAUAAUGAUCCUCACUCACUAGCCGAAGAUGUAAAAGUAACAGAUGAUGACCAAAUGCAAGAUCCUAGUAUUUUGCAAGGAGAAAGGGAUUGGAAAGGAAAGAUGCCGGAGUUGCAAGCAGAAAAGCCAGACUCUCAUGUGGAGACACUGCAUAAAUCUACAAAUGAUGUUCAAGUAGAGUCUGAUGAUGCUUGUGAAAGUUCACAACAGAUUACUUUACCUACAACUGAAACAAGUGGUGGUAUCAGGUUGGACAAUAACGAGAACGCAGAUAAAAGUACACUAUCAGGUGCUCAAGAUAAUGAAAUGGGAACAAGUUCCAGAGCAAACAAAGAAUGUGACGAUACUCCUUCUGUUGAGAAUUUGUCUGGAAAUAGUGAUGUGUUACCUCCUUCAUCUGUACCUCACACUUUUAACGAUAAUGGUAUCAACCGUGGAAGUUUGGACGGAAACCAGGGCUCUGAUUCAGGGACAAUAGAGGUUAUAGAAAUAUUUGCUGAGAUGACAGACAGCGACGGUAUCAUACUGCACUCGCCUGUACAUAGUUUUAUACCGAUGGGAAAUGCCAAUAGAAGUAAUGAGCCUGAGUCAUCUGCAAAUGAAGCUGUGAGAGUAGAAGCUGUAAAUCCUCCUACUGUUACCGACUCAGAAAAUGCCACAGUGAGGAGAGGAUUCAAUUGGGCAUCAUGUCUAUGCUGUUGCUUAGGUGGAGAUCGGUAGCUGUGUUCGUCUCCAAUUUCACUCUGAAUUUUGACAUCGAUAUACUGUUUGCAAUCUAUCAAUUGUUCUUUGGUCACUCUUUUGUGGAUUUCUGUGGUUGUAUAUCUUGAGGAUCUUUGGUUUACUUUACAUGUCAAUCUUCUGUUUCAUUUUGAACAAAUUUAGCAACUAGGUAUACAUUUCAUGUCAUGCUACAGAUUUUUUACUAUCUUACAUUUCAAGGAAAUGGGGGUUAUACUUCAAAUACUACUUUUUCACCCACUUUGUUCAUUUUAAAAGAACGAAAUAUAUAAAAAUUACAAUACUAAAAAAGGAAUAGAC